AUGAUGGAGUCACCAAUUCCUGUUCCGCCCGAAGCUGGUCUUGAGGUUGGGCGUCCGAGACCUAUCAGCCAUCAGGAUGGGCUGCAAGUGGAUUGGGAGGCACAAAAAAAAUACGAGGCGGCGCUCAUGCAGCGACAAAUUGUGGCGGAGCUGGAAGGAAACCGACAAUUCCUAAGAAGUUAUCGUAGAAUCUUGGGAGUGAGCGUCAUGUGGUUUUGGGUUCUUAUGGUGGUCAUUACGGCUUUUCUGGCUGCUGGAAUUGGAGGUGGAAUCGCCAGCGGCAUGAAAGAUAAGAACAAAAAUAAUCAUUCAAAGCAUAAUCAUACAGACAGCUUAAAUGUUACAUCGCCAUGCCAGAUUGAUUCAGGGGCAAACAACAACUCUAUACUCCGAGUAACGUCCCAUCAGGAAACAGGACCCACGAACUUCCGACUAUUUUGCAAUCGAACUUUCGAUGUAGCUUCGAGUAUACGUCUUAUACAGUUUGCAAUACCUGAUUCUAUAGCCAAUAUGAAUGAUUGUAUGGAAGCAUGUUUAGAUCACAACGCAGGAGGAUUCAACAGCAGUAAGGAUGAUACCAAUGACUCGUGUUAUGCUGUUACAAUCAAUACAAACAUGACGACCCGGCAGCAAUGGUGCAAGUUAUUCUCAGCCACUGAAUGGGGAACUGAUGCAAUUGGAGCAGAUUGUGCUAUUAAUCUCUCGCCACCCAGCUUACCUGACACUACCAGCCUUCAGACCAGAGUGAGGAACAAGACACUUACUUCACCUACCUCUGCUGGAUGUAUACCUGCGUCAAGUGAGGGCUGCCUAGAGGUUUUGACAACAAAAGGGGUAGUAACAACUGCGACUGUAAGCUUGCAGUCCGUCGUUCUUGUCUCAGAGUUGGCGAUGAAAGGUCAAAUCCUGACGGCAUCAAAGCCAACAUCCACGACCUAUUAA